GCGCGCACCAGCCCAGGCGGCCGAGCCGGGGCCGCGGCCAUUAACAGAAGCACAAGCGGGAUUCGCUUGGGUAGGUGGGUGGGGAGCUAAGGGAGGUAGGUGGCCGCCUGCCCGCCCGCCCGCCUGCCAUCCAUCUCCCUCCUCCUUCGCCCGAGGAUCUCUCCUCCGCCCGCCUUUCCCCGCGCGCCCUCGCUCCCCCUCGCCAGCGCCGCCGCCGCCGCCGCCACUUCCAGGCGAGAUGCGGGCAGGAGCGAGCGGCGUGGCUGGCGAGCGAGGGAGCCGCUCCCUCAGGCAGACACGCACGCAGCCGGCGGCGGCGGCAGCAGCAGCAGCAGCAAAGGAUGCUCCGGUCGCCAUGGCAGCAGAAGCGGCAAGAGGUAAGAUGGACCAGCUCGCGCAGCUCGCUGCCUCCCUGCCGGGGCCGCGGGGAAGGGGCGGCCUGGGUUUUGCGCCGCGCCUCGGAGCCCUUGCGCGCCUUCGGGCGAGGGACGGCGCGCUUCGCCUUGGCUGGAGAGCGGGCAGCUCUUGACCUCGGCCCGAGGGACCCUCUUCUCCCCAGGACGGAGGCCCCUGCCUGCCUGCCUGCUUGCCUGCCUGCCUGAGGCUGCAAGGACCCGACUUCCACCAUCUCCCUCCUCAUGACUUGGGCAUGGCCACCGGUGGGCACGGAUCUGUCUGGCUGGGUGAUUUGCCCCCACCUCAGCCAGAUUCUCUUAUCCUCACUUCGGCAGGAAAGGGCACGGCAGGCCUGUGCUGCUCUCACCUUUACUACCUGCCCACCCCCCCUUCCUCAUCCCCAUAGGAGCCAACUCUAAGGAACCGAGGUCCCUUCGCGCUCCCCCCAAAAAAUAUUUGAGAGGGCAGCCCCCAAGUUGAUAGACACUGCCAUUCAAAUGGUAUGUGUGUGUGUGUCCACCUUGUAAUCAAUUUUGCAGGACGUGGCUUACCUGUGUCCACCCCCACCCGGCUAUUUUAUUCAAGUUGGCACCCUUGCCCCCCCCCAGGCCUACCCUCAUCAGCAAUAACCAUGGUAACUUAGUUGAGGCCAAGGUCUGCCCAAGACAAAAGGAUAUAUAGCGUUGGACUGGUGGCGGUGGGGGAGGAUGUGUCAGUGGGGAAUAUCCCCCACCACCACCUUGAUUAUUCCUGGUUUCCCCUUCAGCCCCACAGGGCAACAGUAGGGGCUCUUCCUGGCCCAGCCUCAGCCAGGUUUCCUCUCUCAUGCCCACCUUGUGUUUUAUUUUUAUUGUCUCUUUUCAUUUCUGGGUCAUCUUGCUCUCCCUCUGAGUCCCUCCUUUUCUGCCUCUUCCCCGUCACGAGCUUGUGAGUUAACUUGUUUCCGUAGUCAGGCAGAACUUCCCAUAUGGAAAGACGGCUAGGAUGGUGGGAGCUGGCAUUUAACAGGAAGCGCCGUGGGGGGUGGAAAUCUGCCAGCAUAAGGCUUGCUGAGAACCAGGCAGGCCCACAUCCCAGGGUGAGGAAAGGGAGGAGGAGGAGGCAGCGGAGUGAGGUCUUAGCCAACCGGCUUAGUAUUGCGAGGCUUGACCAGAAGUUGUGGGAAAGGUGUUGUGUUGCUCGUGUUGCAUUUAGGGAACCCGUUGUCAUUCCGAGCUGAGCUGACCCAGCUAGACCUCCGUGUGCCAUUCAGAUUAGCAGUGGCCGGCGCUGUCAUCAGCACAGCCGAGCGUGAAUUGCGAGUGACAGGCACAGUGAUCCGACACACCUGACACCCAUGUUGGGUCCUGCCAGUUUUCUGAGAUGCCCAAAUAUGGUCGGAUGCUGAAGCAUCAUAAAAACCUGCAGAAGCUACCCAGCCAGAAACCGUAGCAUGGGAAGCAAAAAACAACGCCUGUAUGAUGGGCAGUAAUGACUCUGUCACAUCACCUGCAAGUUGUUGUUUUUUUUGGGGGGGGGGUGAAACAUUGCUUGUACAAAAAGCUCACCACCAAGCAAGCAAAACAGGAUUCCAGGCCAGGCUAGCAACCAGGGUCAGUAACACUGAUAUAAGGUACUGUAGUAGAUCUUUUUACCAGUCUUUGAUCCCCUUGUUCACAAGGUGUUCAUGAUGUGAGUCCCAAGAUUUGUGAAUUAGCAUGGAUAGACUGUUAAUGGAAUUUCCAGCUAUCUCAGAGGAAACAAAUUGACACUGAAGCAAUUCCCCCCCUUUUUUUUUAAAGGUCAAGCUAAGUGAUAGCUCUAAAAGCCAAGGCUGGCCACCAGUGCCCCCUGCCAGGCUGUAGUCGCCUGGGUGGUCCUUUGCUCUGGAACUAUUCCAGGAAGGCUGCAUGUGUGCAGCAAAAAGAACUUACUGUCAGGGAGAGGCUGUGCAGCUGAAGAAUAUUUUACAGCCAAUCAUGUAGAAAGAACAAAUAGGCCAAAUGCAUGACUCUGGGCAAAUUGAGGAGACAUGGGUCAGGAUGGAUUGAGGUUUAUCAGCUGAGCUGCGUGUAGAGAGACAGGACUGCAGUGGGUGAUGGUUAUGAGGUCAGGGGGUCACUGGCAGAGAGCUGUGGGAAAUAACCGAUGGCAAGAGAAGAAUGGGGGUGUGCGGCAGGACUGAGGAGGAGGAGGAGCAGAACUAUAGUGGGAGCUCAGGAAUGAAACAGCAUGUGGGGACUGAGGACCGAUGAAAGGGCAUCGUUAGGCGGCAACAGCACAGACUUCUGCUCUUUGGGAGAAAAGCAAGUAGGCAAGACUGCCAGUUGGUCAGGUCACAGGAAAAGCAAAAAAGGAAAAGCACAGGGAAAUGAGGGUCUGCUCAGCAGUGCUUUGAGAACCACCACUGCAAGGUAUUUCAGUACUGGCUGUUCAGAUACAGCCCAAGACAUUUUGAUGCCCAAGGCAGAAAAUCCAAUUGGCACACCCACCCAAUAAUAAUCUAACGGACAUGGGGGUGCAGCUCACCAGGAAAGUUCUCCUGCCUAAAGGUAGAUGAAAGCAGCGGGAGCUCUGUUCCCAGUUCUGUCAGUGGGACUUGCACAGAAGAACCUCCCCAGUGAAUUGUGCCUCAUGGGCCAGGUGUGUCUCCCACACGGCCACCUUUAGCAGUACAUGAAAUCCACCGUCUGUGGCACUGGCUCAGCUUGCCUCCUGCAGAGCACAGGGGAGUUGUAAGAGGCAGGGAGAAAACUAGGACCCUCCCCUUCCCACCCACCUCCCAGCAGAUACUUUCAUAUUUCAUGAAAUUAUUCCGGCCUGGGGUGCAAAAGAGCAGGUAACAAGAGGCACAUGUGGCUGCCAUGUGGUUGAACUCCUGACAUACAAUUUCAUUGUUCUAUUGAUCUAGCAAUUUGGCACAUUAGGCUAUACACACUCAUUGCGUGGGCUGGUGAAUUGGGAAUGAUUUCUGCGAUGUGGGGAAGAAGGCUGGAAGAGAUGGAGCUGUUUUCUGACGCUUUCCUUUUUCUUCUUUCUACAGUAAGGUUUCUCUAAACUCUUGAGUUACCAAGGAACUCUGGGGAAACGAUUAUUCCCUCCUGCAGUUGUUGAUUGGCUGCCUACAGAUUCCAAACAAGAGGAGAAGGUUCUGGUGACACUGAGCCACUGAGAAGCGGAGAAUGUUGGUGUCCUUUAGGCACUGAAGAAAGAGAGAGAGAGAGAGAGAGAGAGAGAGAGAGAGCACUCAGUGGCCUGCAGUUCAGAUGUUUGGUGACAGAAGUCUGGUCUUGCUCCCUGUGAGAACCAGGGCUUUCAUUCUGUGCACCAUUCCAUUUCCCCAUUGAUCCUUUAUUCAUCCAGGAGAGUCAGAGCAGUGUGGGGUUAAGAGAAGGUUAUCUUCUUUUCAUUUCUUUUUCUUGAGGGAGACAGAAAGCAAGCAAGCAAGCAACCUAAGAAGUAGUACCAGUAAAUAAAAAUGCUUCUUGCUUAUCUCACCUCCUUAAAAUUUAUUAUUUAUUUUCACCGUAUAUCCUCUGCCUCUGUACUUGAUGCUGUGUAAAAAUAAAAAAAUAAAAAGCCAGUUACAACAAUAGUUUAAAACGCAACAAGGGAACCAGCCGCACAAAUAUACAGAGCCUCUCAAAGAAAAGCAGCUGAAAUAGACAAAAUGCCAAACUGCUAUCACUAAAACUAGCAGUAAAUCAGUAAAUACAUAGGCCAGCAAUUCAGGAAAGCAACUUUUGCUGACCAGAGGCUCAGAGGAAAUGUGUCUUACAUUUCCUCCCACAAUCCAGGAGGAAUGGGCAUAGGCUGACAUCCUCCAAAAGGUUGUUCAAUAUUAUCCAGCAUACAGCUGCAAAGAGUUAUAAGGAUCCUGUUACUAUACGUGGACUAGCUUUCCGUACAGACAAAGGAGGGUGUUAGUACAUAACUUUAAAAGGUAGGAGGAGGGGCACAUACAGGUUGCAGCAGAAGGACAGCUUUCUGUCUUGUUUUGCUACUUUCUUUGUGUUCUGUAAACAAAAUUAAAACAAGAUAUAAAUUUAAAAGAUAUAUAAGAGGAAAAGCGAGACAAAAAUUAAAGAAGGGAGUAUGGAUCGAAAGAGUGAAAAACAAAGAAUGCAGAAAGAGCAGAGGAGGAAGGAAUAAUAAGGAAUAGGAUUAAGAGAGUGGGCACUCCUCAUGGCAGUACCUUCCGGACGCUCCAUCGACAGUUCUCUCCUAUUUCCUCCCGGAAGUAGAUGAGACAGGCACUCCCUUGCCUUGUGCAUGCUCCUCUGCACUGUCUCCAGAUCCCAAGGUGGAGGAGGCACAAUGAAUCGCGGUGGAGGCAGCAGCCCCAUGGAGGAACUCUCAAAGGCUACCCUGCACAAUAACUCGCUGUGGUGGCUGGCUUGCGGGCUCCUUGCCCUGCUGGCCAACUCCUGGAUCAUCCUGAGCAUCACAGCCAAGCAGCAGAAGCACAAACCUCUGGAGCUUCUGCUGUGCUUCCUGGCAGGGACCCACAUCCUCAUGGCUGCCGUGCCGCUCACCACCUACGCGGUGGUGCAGCUGCGCCGCGAGUCCUCCGACUACGACUGGAACGAGAGCAUCUGCAAGGUCUUCGUCUCCACCUAUUACACCUUGGCCUUGGCCACGUGCUUCACCGUCGCCUCCUUGUCUUACCACCGCAUGUGGAUGGUGAGGUGGCCUGUCAACUACCGCCUGAGCAACGCCAAGAAGCAGGCCCUGCACGCCGUGAUGGGGAUCUGGAUGGUCUCCUUCAUUCUCUCCACGCUGCCUUCCAUCGGCUGGCACAACAAUGGGGAGCGGUACUACGCCAGCGGCUGCCAGUUCAUCGUCAGCAAGAUCGGCCUGGGCUUCGGCGUGUGCUUCAGCCUGCUCCUCCUCGGAGGCAUCGUCAUGGGCUUGGUUUGCGUGGGCAUCACUUUCUACCAGACCUUGUGGGCUCACCGAAGGCACCAUAGAUGCCACCACCUGAGAGCGGAGGAAGCCGCCUCUGCUUGCCCGUCUUCAGCUCACAACACCUUCAACGUGCCAACUAUCGUGGUCGAGGACGUUAGGGGCAAACGGCGGUCAUCGCUGGAUGGGUCUGAAUCUGCCAAGACUUCCAUGCAGAUGACCAAUCUCAUCAGUGCCAUCGUUUUCCUCUACGACACACUGACCGGGGUGCCCAUUUUGGUAAGAAAUACCCCUUCCUCCUCUUUUCCAUUGUCCUAGAGCAGUGCUAUGGGGUGUUAGGGGAGGGGUAGUACCUCUGGUGGGUGGCAUCUUAUCUGUCUCCUUCUGGCAACUCCUGCAGACAAGCUUGUACCAAACCUAUUGCUCUGCUUUCCUUUGACCACAUCAUGCUCCUUUGGGGGUAGUUUGUCCACCUUUGAAUUUCAAUUUACAUUUUAUUGUUAAAAAGUGCAAUUACGGAAGGGGUGGGGAACCAGCCUCACAGAAGCAUGAAGAUCGGUAACUGUUAUCUCUUUUCUUCCACAGUCUGCGUUAGGAAUAAAAACAGUCCAAAAAAUAAAAAAAAAUAAAAAAUAAAAAUAAAAAGUGCAAUUACGUCUAGCCCUAAAUUUGGAUAAGAGCUUAAUAUAAGGUCACACACAUAGCUAUUUGGUUAUAGUUUAUUAUGUCAAAAGUUGACACAGCACAGAGGUUAUCUAAGGGUACUUGAGGAAUUUGGUCUCAACCUCAUUGUAAAAUACACCCUUUCAAGAGCACCAGAUUAAUUUCACCCCAAUUUCCAUUUAGAGGGUCAUUCCUUUGUGGGUACUGAUCACGUAUACCACUCUAAAGGUUGUGAAACAAUUUCCACCAUAACUCUUUGUCUGAAACAUCCUCAUACCUGUGUCUGAAAGAUUCACCUUAGGGCUCAAAUGUUCCAUUUUGACUCUUCACCAUUAAAAAAAAAUACUGUUACAUAAAAAGAAAAACUUUUUCAGUUUGCCCACCUUUGGUUCUCCUCCUUACUCUCUCACCUGUGGCUCCUAGAAGCUGCUAGCAUGCUAGAGUGGCCACACCCCAGGAGUGGCUUCGAUUGGCCGGCUAAACCAGGUGAGGGUAGCCAAUGGGUCUCAAACCCUUAGUGAGUUAGGGACUUUGCCUGCAUGUGAAGACUGGCCUCAGCAGAUUGAGUGGAUGAGAACAAUAGUGGAUCCAAAGGUCAAGAAAGCGGUUACUGUACGUGCUGUAAAGGAAAAUGAGGGGCCGAUGGGGCUCAUCAACCUGGGAAGGUAGCCCAUCUAGGAGAAGGAAACUCUGAUCCUAAACCUCCACUGCUUUGGGGAAUAACUUUGGCUGAAGAAAAGGCUAAGGAGUAAACCCUACACUGAUCCCCUAAGCCAGUUGGAUGGCAUCUUAUAUGUCUCCUUCUGGCAACUCCUGCAGACAAGCUUGUACCAAACCUAUUGCUCUGCUUUCCUUUGACCACAUAAGUGAGUCUGAGAAGGGGGUCUUGCCAUACGCAUAGCCCAGGACCUCCAUAUGCACCACCCAAGCUUGCACCCCCUGGAGGUCACUUCAGUUUGACUUCACCCCUGGAGGUACACUCCAUUGUCUCUUGAGACAGACAGAUGCUAACAUUAGUUUCCUGAACCUUUGGACCUUUAGGAAACACUUUCUGCACUGACAUGUUUGCAAUGAACCUUUGAGACUCCAACAUGGGCUCCCUGUAUUUUGCAGAGGAUUUGGGGACAUAACUCAUGUGGCCAAGUCUCUUAGCCCUCCCCAUUGCAAUGUGUCCACUAGAAUUCACCCCAAAACACUCCACUGCAUCUAAGGGUCUCAGGAGAAGAUCAGAAGCGAUGCACAGGGUGUUUUCAGAGAACCCUGCUUGCCAUUAUCGAUCACCUCACUGAGGAACCCCCAGUUAGCUUCCAAGGAACAUCAGUAUUCCCUGAAACAUAGCUUGAAAACCACAGUUUUAGAAAGUCAACAACCUCUCUGCCUCAUUUUAGAGAGAAAAAUGAGCAUAGUUCGACAGAGGCAUUGUUGGCCUUGAUGUAAAGGUAAAGGGACCCCUGACUGUUAGGUCCAGUCGGGGACAACUCUGGAGUUGUGGCGGUCAUCUCGCCCUUCCAGCUGCCAUUGGUUUAGCUGCUCUGAAGUCACAGAGCACCUUGGCAGUGUAGGGUCUGGCAGAUUUGUUUUUGUUUUGGCAAGCCUACCAAGACAUUUCAUUUACCUGCUUAUACAUUAUUAUUAUUUUUUUAAAAAAUAUCUGUUCAUGUUCUUAAAGUUAAAGGUAAAGGGACCCCUAACAGUUAAGUCCAGUCGCAGACGACUCUGGGGUUGUGGUGGUCAUCUCGCUUUACAGGCCAAGGGAGCCAACAUUUGUCCACAGACAGUUUUUUCAGGUCACGUGGCCAGCAUGACUAAGCCGCUUCUGGCAAACCAGAGCAACACACGGAAACACUGUUUACCUUCCCGCCGGAGCGGUACCUAUUUAUCUACUUGCACUUUGAUGUGCUUUCGAACUGCUAGGUUGGCAGGAGCAGGGACCGAGCAAUGGGAGCUCACCCCAUCACGGGUAUUCGAACCGCCAAACUUCUGAUCAGCAAGCCCUAGGCUCUGUGGUUUAGACCUUGAUGUACGCACACAAUUAUUGUGUCCCGCCAUUGCCUCUGAUCAAACAGGUUUAGGGGGAUUUUGAAGAACUGAAGAAAUUUACAAAAACAGCUUACCAAAGACAAGAGUGAGAUGCGUACACCACGAGGCGCAGUGCAUGUGCUGUUUUGCUUUAAAAACUGGAGAAAACCAUCUGUUUCCAGCCUCAGGUUGCAUUUAUAUACUCCUCCAACUAGCCUCUAGAGGGCAUAAUCUCUGUCCUGGCUCCCCAGUUCCUGUUAGGAUUGGCAGAUCAAAAGAACUUUUAAGAAAGGAGCAAACACAUACACAUAAAGAGAUGCUAUUUUCUGAAACGUGGGCCUUUGAUAUUUUGAAAUAACGUUAUCUUGAAACAACAGGCAGCCUAAAGGACUUGUGGAUUAUAUCAUAGGUACCUAAACUAUUUCCCCCCCACCUGUUCAGCUUCUCUGAGCUUUGAUGUCCAUCUCUUUUGGCACCCCUUGACAAAUUAACUUACAUGCUUCGGUGACUGCACACACAUCACACACAGCCAUGCAAUCUCUGUCCUCAGGCCCCAUCUACUGGACCUGCAGAGUGUACCAAGCAGGCACCAAGUGUCGUAGUUCGGCUACGGAAGGAGCCUGUUGUACAUUAGCAAAAUGCAAAGCUGGUGCUAGACUUUAGGGGGCGUUGGCACAGGGGUUGUCAGUAGGCCUCCCAGCCAGGGGAAGACCUAUCUGUAGUCUUAGAAUCAUAGAAUCAUAGAGUUGGAAGAGACCACAAGGGCCAUCGAGUCCAACCCCCUGCCAGUAGUCUUGGUCCUACUGGAACUGUAGUUCCAUAAAUAUAUAUAUAGAUGUUAUGGCUGUAUAGGCUGGGGUACUGCAUUUCUGGUAUAAUUAAACACGCUGAGCAGCCACUAAAGAUGGGAGCCGAGUUUGGCUUCCAUUUGAAAGUGGCAGCGCUGCCUGCCCGGCACUGAAAUCACCUCUGGAGGCCUGGUGAGAAGGAUCAGUGCCGGAUUUACGUAUAAGCUAAACAAGCUAUAGCUUAGGGCCCCACUCUCUUGGGGGCCCCCAAAAAAUUUAAAGGGAAAAAACCCUGGAUGUACAUUUCCAAAAUAUAAGAUAAAAAACAAAUUAAAUAAAACCUACAUAAGCAACAGUGCUUUGUGUUGUGUAGGCUCCUAUGAUGUAAGUCAUGGGCCCCGCCUGCUAGCCUGCUCCCUAAAAUAUCACUGGUUUGCUCAUUUCUAUAUAUAUGGUGCCUACAUUCUGCAAAGGGAUGCGGGUGGCGCUGUGGUCUAAACCGCUGAGCCUCUUGGGCUUGCCGAUCAGAAGGUUGGCGGUUCGAAUCCCCGCAACGGGGUGAGCUCCCAUUGCUCUGUCCCUGCUCCUGCCAACCUAACAGUUCAAAAGCAUGCCCAAAAAAAAAAAAGUGCAAGCAGAUAAAUAGGUGCCACUCCAGUGGGAAGGUAAACGGCAUUUCCAUGCGCUGCUCUGGUUUCGGUGUUCCAUGCGCCAGAAGCGGCUUAGUCAUGCUGGCCACAUGACCCGGAAAAACUGUCUGCGCACAAACGCCAGCUCCCUUGGCCUAUAAAGCGAGAUGAGCGCCGCAACCCCAGAGUCGUUCACGACUGGACUUAACUGUCAGGGGUCCUUUGCCUUUACCUUUUUUUAAAUUCUGCAUGUGCAAAUGGCUUUAGAUACCUAUUAGGUCCAUAAAUUUCCAUAUAGCAUAUAUUCAACACACAAAAAACAGCAAUGAUUUGUUGUUGACAAGGACAGCUGGACAUAUUGUUGUUGUUUAGUCGUUUAGUCGUGUCCGACUCUUCGUGACCCCAUGGACUAGAGCAGACAUAUAAAGGGCCCCAUUACCUUCAGGAGCUGAGGGCCUCAUCCAACCUAAAUCUGGCCCUGGGAAGGAUGCUAAGUGGCCGCACAGCAGGGCCCUUUGGAGCUCCUGGGGCCCUUGGCCAAUGCCCAAGCCAGCUGACCUUUGGCACCAGGCCUGACACAAGGCAUGGGGUGUGUGGAGGGAAAGCCCUUUAUAGUACAAGCAGCACUGGGGAUGCAAGGACAGGCAACUGGGGUGAGAGAUUCUGGAGGGUGCUUGUCUAGUGGAAGAUAGGUCGGUGUGUGCUAGAAUUAGAGGGUGCCCUGACCUAAGUUGUGGCCCCAUGAGCAGCACUUUCCUCUAUAUAAGUGAAUGGGAACUAUUGUUUGGAAUGAUGUAAAGAGGCGUAUCCCAUGAGGCACCACUGGGCGGGCGCUAAACCUGCCUUGGUGACUUCAGUCAUCUGGGCAAGAGGUGAGUUCGACCUGCUCUCAAAUAUAUCCCAUUGGAGGCUGAGCCUCACUUAUUUGCAUUGCCCGAUGGCCUUCAUAGGUACAGCUCCGUUAGGAGUUGGUUCUUUCCUUUUCUGGGGAGUGUGAUCAAAACUUGUGUGGAUGCGCUUCUAAGAUACAAACAUGCAUUGCAAUAAUGCUUUCAACAUGAAAAUAAAUAAAUAAAUAAAUAAAUAAAUAAAUAAAUAAAGCAAGCAUCAAGGUAGAAAAUCAGUUUUGCAACGUUUGCCCUCAGAUACUUUUUCAGAAGUCCUGACCUUUCAGAGCAAACCAGAAUUGCAUUUUCCUUUUCAUAAAAUGUUCUCUCGGGUCCCUGUUGAGUGGGUAUAAAGCCCAGAACUGCUUCUCUAGCCGGUGUUCUGGGGGCAGCAGGAACAUGUGGAGUAUGACUGUUCAUGAGAGUGGCAGGAAGAGACAGGACUGCAGUUGUUAGUUUCAGUAAAGGUCCCUAGAAUCCUUGUCAGUUUCAAGCAGAGUUCAUGCCCCUGGAGUUUUGUUUUCCCACCCAUGGAUGUACAUUCCAGCAAUGGAGAGGGGAAAACAGAGCUUCUAAUGAUGUUUUCUCUCUCUCUUAAGUAGCAGAAACUAUUAGCAAAUCUAAGAGCACUACUGGGGCACAUGGUUUCUAGGGCUUAGCAGUUAGAAUAUCUACAAUUGUCUGGCACAGUAGCAGAAUAUAUGGACUGCAAAUUAAAACACAUACACAUACAUUUUAAAUAAAAAGACAACAAAGGUCUGGGGACGUGAAUUUUGAUGCACUACUUUGGUAACAUUUGUGUAACCACAUUCCACACCUAGUUUGUGAUUUAGAAUGGUGGAGUUGCUGAAAAUCGUAGUUUCCCAAAGACAGGGGUCAGCAAACGUUUUCAGCCAUGAGUGGGUCCUCCAUCCCUCAGACUUUGUGGGGGGCUAGACUAUAUUUUGGAGGGGGAAAAUGAACAAAUUCCUAUGCCCUACGAAUAACCCAGAGAUGCAUUUUAAAUAAAAGGACACAUUCUACUCAUGUAAAAACACACUGAUUCCCGGACCGUCCACGGGCCGGAUUGAGAAGGCAAUUGGGCCUUAGUUUGCCUACCCAUGCCCAAAGACAAAGUCCAGAUCAGCCAUUGCUCUUUACAUUAUUCUAGCAACGAUUAGCAUUUGUUUGUUUUUAAAGUGCUGUGUUAGUGCUUGUUUGCGAUGAAUCAAGUUGCCUGACACUUGCCAUGAGCGGAAGCUGAAAUGCUGCGAGUCAGCAUUCAACUCAUUGAUCUGAUUGCACCGAGGUGCACAAAUUCAGUUCCUCCUGUGGUGAACUAGUUGAAUGAGCUUUUUGCAGUGAGCACCAGGCACAGAAUAAAGUCUCUGCUGUGAGUGAGGCAGGUAUGCGAACUAGCUCACAAGUUACAAUGCUUCCAUUAAUGUUAGGAAUGACUCCCAUGUUAAUGCAGGAGCUUUGCCAAAAAUAUUUCACUUUCAGCUACCAACUGCGUUUUGCAGGCAGCUUUCACAGCCUAGAGACACCCUCUCACACAGCCCAAAUAGAAGUUAAGGGAAACUCUCAACAACGGCCAUGGAAAAUUAGUGUAGAAAUCAGAGAGUUUAAAUGCUGCUCUGUUGGGUGGGAGACUCCACCAUCUUUUCAGCAGCCCCAGUAAACCCCAAUAUGCAUUUUCCCAGUUUACUUUAGAACAUAUAGAAUUCUCAUCAGGGCCAGUCCACCGACGAGGCAAGGCUGCCUCAGGUGGCAGGAACCAUAGUGGCAGCAGAUCUGGCCUCCAAGGAAUGCAUUACCCACUGUUGCUGGUUCCCAGAUUCCCAAUGUGAUCUUUACUCACCCUUCUUCCAUGCCCCCCCCUUACAUUUUGUAGUUUGACUCAGGUGUGUCAAUUUAUUGAGCCGGCCCUGAUUUCAGUGUAAUUUAUAUGCCAAGAAGCAUACCUUCGGUAUACCUGAAGGAGCGUCUCCACCCCCAUCGUUCUGCCCAGAUGCUGAGGUCAAGCGCUGAGGGCCUUCUGGUGGUUCCCUCCCUGCGAGAAGCAAAGCUACAGGGAACCAGGCAGAAGGCCUUCUCGGUAGUGGCGCCUGCCCUGUGGAACGCCCUCCCUUCAGAUGUCAAAGAGAACAACAACUACCAGACUUUUAGAAGACAUCUGAAGGCAGCCCUGUUCAGGGAAGUUUUUAAUGUAUGACAUAUUAGUGUAUUUUUGGUCUUUGUGGAAGCUGCCCAGAGUGGCUGGGGAAACCCAGCCAGAUGGGCAGGGUACAAAUAAUAAAUUAUUAUUAUAUUAUUAUUAUAAGCAAAAAAAUGUUAACAAACAUCACACUUAUGAAAUGAUACACCAUGAAGCAAAACAAACCUCUCUUUAAUCUGCUCCAAAACUACCAUCAAUUAACUCAAUAUUAUUUACGAAUACAGUGGUACCUCGGGUUAAGUACUUAAUUUGUUCCAGAGGUCCAUUCUUAACCUGAAACUGUUCUUAACCUGAAGCACCACUUUAGCUAACGGAGCCUCUCGCUGCUGCCGCGCCGCUGGAACACAAUUACUGUUCUCAUGCUGAAGCAAAGUUCUUAACCUGAAGCACUAUUUCUGGGUUAGCGGAGUCUGUAACCUGAAGCGUCUGUAACCUGAAGCAUAUGUAACCUGAGGUACCACUGUAUGGUGGUACCUCAGUUUAUGAACUUAAUCUGUUCCGGAAGUGCAUUCUUAAACCGAAACUGUUCUUAAACUGAGGCACGCUUUCCCUAAUGAGGCCUCCCGCCACUGGUGCCCUUCCACCGUUCGGAUUCCGUUCUUAGACCGAGGUAAAGUUUGCAAACCGGGACACUACUUCUGGUUUUGCAGAGUUCGUAAACCGAAUUGUUCGUAAACAGGGCUGUUCUUAAACCGAGGUACCACUGUAUUAGCUUUGUCUGGUACAUUCCGUAACAUAGUUCACAUGAUUUAACAUAAUGGAAUGGAUAAAUGAGCAAGAUUAUGCAAGCAAUUGUUUAUUUAUAGUGGCAUUAUUUACUGUAUUUUUCCGUGCAUAAGACUAGCUUUUUUUUACAAAAAAAUAAGGUUUAAAAUUGGGGCUCGUCUUGUACACGGGUAGUGCUGAGGGGUGCUUUCUUAAUUUGGAGUCCCCCAAAACAGGGGGCAUCUUAUACAUGUGGGCAUCUUAUACACGAAAAUAUACGGUAUUUGCACAUUCAAAACACAAGUCAAUAUUUUUUUAAGCGAGUGAGUGGCUUUCCAUUUCUAUUGCUUCUAAAAAUGAUCACUGCUUGUUACAUGCAAACAAACAAACAAAUGUACAAAAUACACAGAAGCCAGAGAGGGCUUCUAUUUCUCCUAUGUAGUUUACUUUCCCAUGCCUGAAAACAAUGAUGCUUAAAACACUUUGCAAAGGCGUGGAAGAAAGGAAGCAUAUAUGUGUGGAAAUGUCAAGUCGUGUGACAUAAUGUAAACCACUUAUGUGAAUGAUGGUGAGGAACAUGGCGCACGAGCCUAAUGCGCAUAUGAAGCUGAGUUAUUUGAUGAGUGUGUGGGAGAGGGUUAAGCAGCAAGGCCAGGGCCAGCUCAAGACAUUUUGCCGCCUGAGGUGAACUGCAAAAUGGUGACACACACACACACACACACAACCGCCGGGGAAGAAGGGAUGAAUGAAGAUCUGUAUCAGGAACAAGGGGGGAAUGAAGAUUUACACCAGGAUCUGCUGCCCCAGUGGAUCUUGCUGCCUGAGGCAGUUGCCUCACCUUGUCUCAUGAGUGGGCUGGACCUGAGGAAGACAUUUUGCUUUAAACUACAUUAUUUAGUUGGGGCAUGUACAGAAAAUUCCUGUACACUAACUUUGCGGUGGGACGGGGGGAUAUAUCAAGUAUUAUAGGGACCACUUGCUGGUAGGUAGCGUUGGGCAUUAAAUGCUACAGUGCAGCAGUGUUGCUGCUUGGGUAAAUGUAAACAUCAUGAACUGUGAUUGCUCUUUCUUCAGCUUUUCUUCUGUGUGUAUUCUGUAUGUAUAAGUCUGUCUCCAGACUUAGCUGUGAAUGUUGUUGUUUAGUCGUUUAGUCGUGUCCGACUCUUCGUGACCCCAUGGACCAGAGCACGCCUGGCACUCCUGUCUUCCACUGCCUCCCGCAGUUUGGUCAAACUCAUGCUGGUAGCUUCAAGAACACUGUCCAACCAUCUCGUCCUCUGUCGUCCCCUUCUCCUUGUGCCCUCCAUCUUUCCCAACAUCAGGGUCUUUUCCAGGGAGUCUUCUCUUCUCAUGAGGUGGCCAAAGUCUUGGAGCCUCGGCUUCAGGAUCUGUCCUUCCAGUGAGCACUCAGGGCUGAUUUCACUCAGAAUGGAGAGGUUUGAUCUUCUUGCAGUCCAUGGGACUCUCAAGAGUCUCCUCCAGCACCAUAAUUCAAAAGCAUCCAUUCUUUGGCGAUCAGCCUUCUUUAUGGUCCAGCUCUCACUUCCAUACAUCACUAUAGCUGUGAAUAGGAAGCCUGAUGGUGGAAUGUUACUCACAAUGUCCCCGUCCUCCUUUCCUUUCUGAUUGCAGGUGGUGAGCUUCUUCAGCCUGCGCUACGACACGGCUCCCACCUGGAUGGUGCUGGCUGUGCUCUGGUGCUCCAUGGUGCAGACGCUGCUCUUGCCAUCCUUCAUCUGGUCCUGCGAACGCUACCGGGCCGACGUCCGGACUGUGUGGGAGCAAUGUGUGGCAAUAAUGUCAGAGGAAGACGGGGAAGACGGUGAGCUGCUCCAAUCCCAUGUUCUCUCUACGCUAGAGGAGGCUCUGUGUAUUUCCUUCCUUCCUUCCUUCCUUCCUUCCUUCCUUCUUUCUUUCUUUCCUCCUUCCUUCCUUCCUUCCUUCCUUCCUUCCUUCCUUCCUCCUUUCUUUCUUUCUUUCUUUCUUUCUUUCUUUCUUUCUUCAGCUAUGGCUGGGUUUCCCCCCCUCAUUUUCAUUCUUUUAUUUAUCUUUUAUACAUUUAUUUACAUUUUAUACAUUCUUUCUUUAAAAAUUAUUAUUGAAAAAGUAAUAAUCAUAAAUAAAUAAGAAUAAAAAUGCGCAUCCCACCCCCGAGACCAUUCCAUUGUAAUUAUCCAACCUCCCCAAAUUUCAACACCUCUUUUGAUGGUUUGACCCCUUUCCCUUUUAACAGUACAAAUUCUACAAAUACCUCCCAUAUCUCCUCAAAAUCAUUUCUCCUGCAUGUUCCCCAUCUUGCCUUAAUAGCACAUGUUAAUUUCUCAUUAAUUGCUAUAUCCCACACCUCUUUAUACCAUUCUUCCAUUUUAUAUUCUGCUUGCCCCUUCCACUUCCUGGCUAUAAUAAUUCGUGCAGCUGUCAAUAAAUUUAUGAGCAAGUCCUUCAUAGCCUGCGAACCUUCCACCCCAUCGUAAAUUGAUAAUCAUGCUACUUCAGGACUUUUGGUCACCUUUAACCCAGUGAUUUCAUUUAUCUCCUUAAACAUCUUUUGUGUUCUUUCUUUCUGCAUUCUCUCUCUAUAGCUGGAGGAAGUGGCAAAACUCUGGAGAGGGUGGGGAUGGAAAAAGAACAAUGGACAACGCUUUGUGGGAUCUGCAGCUGGAAUUGGGGGCAAAUUAGUGAGAAGAUCUAUGACUGAAUUUCCUAUAUUUGUUUGCAUUUUGAAAAAUAAACACAGGCAUGAGUGGGGCUGCAGAAAUGAGGGUUCAGGGGUUUAUCCUCCCCCUCCCUGCACAUUUUCCCCAAUCUAAAUCCCCACGGUGGAAAACAUACAGAUACCAUAUCGUCCCCCCCCCCAUUGCAGCUACAUCUACCUUUUUCAAAACAGCAUAGAUCUGAUCACAGAUCAUCCAGCGUCGCAGCCAAUCUAGUCCCUAGCUAAUGGAAGAUGGUUAGAACAAAAUGGGUUCAUCUUCUAGAUGAGCCAGAAUUGGUGUUAGUUAAAUUGGUGUUCGCUCAUGGUGAUUGCAUCAGCUGCUGUUGAAAUACUAGAAAAACGGCAUUAAAAGCAUCAAGCAGUUUUAACAGCAGUAGGUAUAGGCAGAUAAAACUGGAUGUAUCGAGGCAAAGGAAAAAAUUGUGUUUGCAGAGGUUUUCUUCUUGAGGGGCUACUAUCAUAUCACCAAAAAAGGGAAAUGCAUCACAAAAAGAGGCAAAAGAGGACACAGAUUUGCAAUGUUAUUUUUUGUAUAUUAGCUUACAUAAGGUAAAGAGUAAAGGGACCCCUGACCAUUAGGUCCAGUCGUGGCCGACUCUGGGGUUGCGGUGCUCAUCUCGCUUUACUGGCCGAGGGAGCCAGCGUACAGCUUCCGGGUCAUGUGGCCAGCAUGACUAAGCCGCUUCUGGCAAACCAGAGCAGCGCACGGAAACGCCGUUUACCUUCCCGCCGGAGCGGUACCUAUUUAUCUACUUGCACUUUGACGUGCUUUCAAACUGCUAGGUUGGCAGGAGCAGGGACCAAGCAACGGGAGCUCACCCCGUCGCAGGGAUUCGAACCACCGACCUUCUGAUCGGCAAGCCCUAGGCUCUGUGAUUUAACCCACAGCGCCACCCGCGUCCCAUUAGCUUACAUAGAUUGAUGCAAAUUUGGAAGUAGUUACUAUAAUUUGAAAAGAAAUACAGUGUGGUGCAUGGUAGGGAAGGCUGUGAGCAGGUAAGCUGUGUCCCUGUCUGCUGCUCUCCCUUCCCAGAGUUUAUUAUCUUUAAAACCAUGGGUCAGAUUAUAUCACUUGACCUCUCAGUGGACCAACUAGGAGAUAAAGGCUUUGAACCUGUCUUCAUUAUUUAAAAUGAAUAUAAAAGUGAAGAGUCAUGUAAGAGACAAACAACAGACACAGGUGUAAGUCUGGUUUUUCAUUACAGACAUAUACUCCCAACACACUGCAUAACGGGUCGGCCAUCAGUUUUGCCCUUACUCUCAUGUAUCACAUUUUUGUUUUAAAGUAGCACAUGUACAUUCAUUUGUUUAUAUCUCCACUCAUCAUCUUAGGAAAACAAUCACAUUUCUUUCUUUCUUUCUUUUUUAAAAACCUGUUGCAACAUUGCUGAAUUUUGUUUCCAGACUGAAACUUUCAUGAUGCAGGCUGGAUGUUACUUCAGUCACUCUCACCAUCUUUGUAGAAAAGUGCUUUCAAAGCUUAUUCCAGUUGAGAAAUGUGUGUGUUUAAACUUAAUAGGAUAAGGCCACUUUUAAACACCCCCCACCAAACUAAAAAAGUUGGCUCUGCCUUUAAACGUAAGACGGUCCGUUUCCUCUUACUUAAACAGUGAUUCCUAGAAUUUUUUUGGGGGGGGGGAGGGAGGGGGAAUUAAGUACAUUGCAUUGCGCAUCCCAAUGCUCCUAAGUAACAUACCCAAUGACUAUGGCAUCCCUGUCCAAAAUCCAGGUGGUGUUUCCUUUAAAAGCACCAACAGAAGUGACAGUGGAUUCACACCAUCACUGUGGUACGGUCAAAUCCACACGGGUUUUCCUUGUGCACAUAGUCAACUAGAAAUGGCAAGCUAUUUCCCAUAAGCGCAGAAUACAAGCAAGGCUGCAUUGUGGGAAACUUGACAUCCAAGCCCAGCUCAUUACAGGCUUGCGGCAAUAGAUGCCACAGUCGUGACGAACCGCUUAGAAAACCAGCUCGCCACAAAUGAACACUCUAGCCUCCUCAAAGCGCAAGAAUCCAGAUGUUCCACGCCUGCAUAGGUCUGCCUUCUGUCUGUUUGAGGUGGGGAACAAGGAGGAGGAGCGAAAAUGUGGCAAAGACAUUCUUGUCGUCCUCUAGAUGGCACUGGUGACGAUUACGGUGACGGGAGGAUCUGCAAAGUGCGAUUCGAUGCCAAUGGUGCUGCAUCUAUGAAACGGGAUCCCAGGGAUGCUAAGCUGCUGCCAGUGCAUCACAUGCUGUUGCCCCAUGACAGAGUGCACUACCUGCAGGUAGGCAGUCCCCUUCUUCGGGGUGCGAGGGUUUGGCUGCCAGUCUGGGACAUGAGCAGAUCACGCCUGCCAACAUUUGAAAUGUACAAACCAACAUUCUGUUUAUUUAACACAUUUAUGGGACUGGGACCACAUAACACCGGUCCUGAGAGAUCUGCAUUGGCUCCCAGUACGUUUCCAAGCACAAUUCAAAGUGUUGGUGCUGACCUUUAAAGCCCUAAACGGCCUCGGUCCAGUAUACCUGAAGGAGCGUCUCCACCCCCAUCAUUUAGUCCAGACACUGAGAUCCAGCGCCAAGGGCCUUCUGGCGGUUCCCUCAUUGCGAGAAGUGAGGUUACAGGGAACCAGACAGAGGGCCUUCUCGGUAGUGGCGCCCACCCUGUGGAACACCCUCCCUUCAGAUGUGAAGGAAAUAAGCAGCUAUCCUAUCUUUAAAAGAUAUCUGAAGGCAGCCCUGUUCAGGGAAGUUUUUAAUAUUUAAUGCUGUACUGUUUUUAACAUUUGAUUGGGAGCCGCCCACAGUGGCUGGGGAAACUCAGCCAGAUGGGUGGGGUAUAAAUAAUAAAUUAUUAUUAUUAUUAUUAUUAUUAUUAUUAUUAUUAUUAUCACGUUGCUCACUGAAAAUUUUCUCUGUGCAUGAUGUUGCCUUGAACUGGAUCCACCACGCAGAGGCAGAUGGUUUCCUUAGCCCUCUUCCCUGAGAUGCUAGGGAGCAGAACUUCCGCAUGCAAGCAGACCCACCCAGAAUUGAAAAGGGAGAAGGUUUGGACUUACCCAAGAGUAUGGGGUGUUAGGGAAGGGGCACCCCCCUCUGGUGGGGGACACAUCAUGCCCCUUCUGGGGUAGUUUGUCCACCUUUGGUCCUCACCCUGCAUUCAGCCCUCCUAGAAGUGGCUCCUAGAUGCCAUCAGCAUGCAACAGCAGCCACACCCCGGGAAAUGGCUUUGAUGGACUGGCUAAACCAGGUGAGGGUAGCUGGUGAGUUAGGGACUUCCCCUGCAUGCAAAGACAGGCACUGACAUAUUAAGCGGACAGGAUCCAUAGUGGGUCAACUGCACUAUCAACUGCAGGUCAUAAUACAGUGGUACCUCUGGAUGCGAACGGGAUCCGUUCUGGAGCCCCGUUCGCAUCCAGAGCAGAACGCAACCCGCAUAUGCGCGGGUCGCCGCUUCUGCGCAUGCGUGUGACGUCAUUUUGAGCAUCUGCACGUGCGCGAGUGGUGAAACCCAGAAGUAACGCGUUCUGUUACUUCUGGGUUGCCAUGGAGCACAACCUGAAAACGCUCAACCUGAAGCGACUUUAACCAAGGUAUGAGUGUAGUGUGCAGUCCACACGUUACCUGGUCUGUGUGUGUACCCACAAAUGGUGGGGAUACCAUUGUUUCUGGGUGCACCCCAGGGGAAAAAACCAGCGUGGAGAUUUAUGUAGGGGUGAACAUUUGAGGGAGAGCUGAGAGAUCGCUUUGCUUUAGGAGUGUAAGGACAGCCUUAUUGUCCCCUUCUCUCCUUAGAAAACAGAGCAAUGUAACUGAUCUGUAGAAAAGACUUCACAGCAUGAAAAAAGAGACAAUGCACAUAUGUUUGUAGAUCAAGAAGAUCUUUACGAAAAAAUAUUUUUUAAAAAGAAAAACAGAACAAGGAUGAACUGAGCAGCUAAAAGGUACUCCAGACUCUCCCACCAACACAAUUCAGGACCACGAAUCUGUGUUAGUAGAACACUUGGGUUUUCUUUCUCUGUCUUGGAAGUUUUGUAGCCCCAAAAAGCACAUAAAGUAGAACAAAACUAGAAAAGCCAGGGGGAGAGGUGUGUGUCACAUUUUCUUUACAAAGUGGUGUUACGGGGCAGGUGUGUGUUGCUCACUAAGACUCACAUACCCAAAACAUUUCUAUGAAAUUGCAUAGCUGCAGAACUCGAGGAAAAUGCAUCAGAAAUAGUGGCACUAUGUAAAGGUAAAGGGACUCCUGACCAUUAGGUCCAGUCGUGGCCGACUCUGGGGUUGCGGCGCUCAUCUCGCUUUAUUGGCCGAGGGAGCCGGCAUACAGCUUUCGGGUCAUGUGGCCAGCAUGACUAAGCCGCUUCUGGUGAACCAGAGCAGCGCAUGGAAACGCCGUUUACUUUCCCGCCAGAGUGGUACCUAUUUAUCUACUUGCACUUGGACGUGCUUUCGAACGGCUAGGUUGGCAGGAGCAGGGACCGAGCAACAGGAGCUCACCCCGUCGCUGGGAUUCGAACCGCCGACCUUCUGAUCGGCAAGUCCUAGGCUCUGUGUUGUGUUUUCUCUUUCUAUAUAUAUAUAUUUGCCAUUGGACCUACCCAGUGCUAUUUUUCUAGAAAAAGAGGUGCUGGAACUCACUAUGAACACUUCCCUUGUUCUCUUAUAAUGGCAAUAGCACCCACCUGAGAGGGAAAAACCCUAUAUAUUGCACGCCGUCCAACCUCCUUCCCCGCUGUCUCUCACCUCCUUCUUUCCUCCCAGGUCCCUCUCUCCCGGAGGAUGUCCCACGACGAAACCAACAUCUUCUCCUCCCACCGCUCCUCGCCUUCCUUCCUCCACAAGUGGUCCUCAUCCGAUGACAUCCGCGUGCCUACCCCUCACAAACAUGGAGGCGUCCCCAGCUUCCUGCUGCCGGAGCUCCGCAGCUACCAUCACCACCACCGGCGCCACCGGCCUCCCGAAGACGAGUUCACCACGCUCCGGCAGUUCCUGGAAGCCGGGCUGGUGUCCCGGGGACCUGCCUCGGGGUCUAGCGUCUGCUUCUUCCGCGACGAAAUCACCACCUUCAUCGACGAGACGCCGGUGCCGUCCCCGCACAGCAGCCCGCGCCACUCGCGCCUGCCGCUGGCGGCGCAGCAGGAGAGGCGCCACUCUCUGGAUGGCACUGAGCAGGAAGACGGCCCUGAGAAGGAUCGGCGGUGUUCACUGACUGGUGGGGAAAACCUAUACCUCUACAGCGGAGAACAGGAGCCCGGGAUACGGACCUUGGGAGCUCAGGAAGCGCGGGGUUUCCAGGAGCUCGGCCUAUGAAACGGCGGCGAAAGCAUUUGCUGGGCUCUGGAUUUUUAAGCAAAACUCGACGUGUCUCCCCAGGACCCAAGGGGUGUUUUUAGGUCCUUGUGUUUCUCACCAUGUUGGCAGAGGAGGGGGGGUGCCCACGGCGGGGUCCUGAUGUGGUGGGGAAGGAGAAGCGGCUUUGUUCGAAGGAGCCACGGAGCCCUGCGUCCAGGUGGCAAAACGUGAGCACAGACCACCGCAAUUCACUGGAGGGCACUUUUUCUCCAGUUCCACCCCCUCAGUAGCAUUGUUAGUGCCACACGCCCCUCCCUUUUCUUAGCUCCACCCAUUAUGAGAAACGCUUGUCGUCGGCUGCCAAGUGUGGGACAGGAAGGUAUUAAAAAGAAAUCUAUAUUUGGAGUGUCA